GGUGCUGGUACAACAUGACGUCCACAUGGCUGCAGUCCUCUCUGCUGCUGCUCCUGGUGAGCUGCGUGUCUCUUCAGGAAAGCAGCAGGCCCAAUUUUGUUCUGAUGAUGGUGGAUGACCUGGGGAUUGGAGACCUGGGUUGCUACGGCAAUACAACACUGAGAACCCCAAAUAUUGACCAGUUGGCACAGGAAGGGGUGAAGCUGACGCACCACAUCGCUGCAGCGCCCCUCUGCACUCCCAGCAGGGCGGCGUUUCUCACCGGGCGCUACCCGAUACGAUCAGGUUUAGCCGGCACAAUGCGACCUGGUACCUUUAUAUUUACUGCAUCAUCCGGAGGACUCCCAAGCGAAGAGGUUACCUUCGCUAAGAUUGCCAAACAACAGGGCUAUGAGACAGCUCUUAUCGGAAAAUGGCACCUUGGACUUAACUGUGAGAGCAGUGACGAUCACUGCCACCACCCCAGCGCCCACGGAUUUGACUAUUUCUUUGGCAUACCUUUAACCAACCUGCGGGACUGCCAGCCUGGACACGGCACUGUAUUCCAGUUCUAUAAAUAUUUCCCUUACAGUACACUGGGCAUUGUCCUGGUCACUGCAGUCCUACUCCACUACAGUGGCAUUGUCACCAUCCGCAGAGGGCUGAUUGUGAGCCUGCUGUCUCUGUUGGCCGUGCUCAUACCUUUGAUAGUAGGAUUCAUCAUGGUUGUGCCAUACCUUAACUGUCUUCUCAUGAGGGACCACAGAAUUGUGGAGCAGCCGUACUCAUCUGAAAACCUGACACAGAGGAUGACUCAUGAAGCAGUGGACUUCAUAGAGAAGAACUCAGCGAGGCCAUUCCUGCUGUUCUUCUCUUUCAUCCAAGUGCACACAGCCUUGUUUGCCUCAGCAGCAUUCAGAGGAACAAGCCGUCACGGCAUCUAUGGGGACAGUGUCCAUGAAGUUGACUGGAGUGUAGGUCAGAUCAUGCAGACUCUGGACAGACUCAACCUGAGGGAAAACACUCUGGUUUACCUGACCUCAGAUCAGGGGGCUCACCUGGAGGAGAUCUCAGCCAGAGGGGAGAUCCAUGGAGGGUCGAAUGGAAUAUAUAAGUCAGGGAAGUCCACGAACUGGGAGGGAGGGAUCCGGGUCCCGGGAAUCCUGCGUUGGCCAGGGACCAUCCCCAGUGGCAGACUGGUAGACGGGCCCACCAGCAACAUGGACCUGUUUCCCACAGUGGUGCACCUGAGCGGAGCUUCGGUUCCUGAUGACAGAGAGAUAGAUGGUCAUGACCUGAUGGAUUUGCUUCAGGGGAGAGUUGAAAGGUCCAACCACGAGUUUCUGUUCCAUUACUGCAACAACGCCUUGAACGCUGUCAGAUGGCAUCCCCAAAACAGUAGCUCUGUGUGGAAAGCCUUUUACUUCACACCAGACUUCUAUCCAGCCAACUCGAAUUCCUGUCACCACACACAUGUCUGCUUCUGCACGUCGCCCUAUGUGACCUACCAUGAUCCUCCACUGCUCUUUGAUCUCUCAAGAGACCCGUCAGAGGCCACGCCGCUGACGCCCGACACCGAGCCGGCCUUUCACUCCAUCCUGGCUGUGAUGGAGGAGGCCGUAAAGAGCCAUCGGAGGUCGGUGAAGCCCGUGGAGAGCCAAUUUUCUGCCGGGAACGUACUGUGGAAGCCAAGGCUGCAACCCUGCUGCUCCACAUUCACGCAACUCUGUCAGUGCGAGCAGGACCGUCCGGGUUCAAAUGAGGAUCAUAAACAAGGAAGGUAAAACCAGACACAUCUGUAACUACAGCUCUCGCAGAAAUCUUUAAAAAGAAUCAAAGCGGUAGCUGUUAUUGGAUAGCAGGCUGGAUCCUCAGAUGUGUUUAAAAGGCAUACGAGACGCUGAUCGUCAUAAAGCAAAAGAAAUUAUUUUUCACAAGCAGAAAAUGUUACCAUGGAGAUGAAGGAAGUCAGUGCCGAAAGUGAAGGUUUGAUUGUUGAUGGUCUUUUCAAAGGCGCUUUUCAUCCCUUUCAGCAGCACGGCUGAAAGUCCCAGAGCUGUUCUUUCCAAGAGUGAAAUAUGGAUUUCAUAUAUACGUGUGUGUAUAUGGAUACUUAUCACAUGCACAUACACGUGGAAACAUGGAUAUUAACAAAAAUGGGAAUAAGUAGAUCAAAUAUCAGCUUUGCAACCACAUUUCCAACGCUGUGCAAAAUGUGUCUAAAAAGCACAAGAAUCAGAAAGAACUGAUUCAGAUCAGAAAGAGAAAUAGUGGAUAGCUUCUCUCCAUGCACUCCAAGACAUAAAUGAAGAUUCUAGUUAUAAACGCACAUUUGCAGUUGGUGAAAGUUUAAUAAAUAGCUUUUAGUUACAGUUUUGUACAAAAAUCUUUAGUCAAAGUCUAAUAAUAAUGCAGUGGUUUGCAACUUUUUACAGCCAACAUUCAGUUAACCAUAGUAUGAAGACAUUAAAUUGAAAGUUCAUGUUUUAUACAGCGGCCCAACUUCUUUGUUAUCGGGGUGUAUGAAGACUGCCAUUUUUUUUACCAUUGACUGGUUUUAGGAGGUGUUCUUCUUAGCGACGGGCCAACAUUUAUAAGAAUUGGGGGUUGUGGGUAUUAACCUAAUCUACAAUAUUUUGUAAGAGUUUACAAGAGCACUGAAAAUCCAACUAGAGGCUGUAAGGCGGACUAGUGUGAGAGUUCUUGUCCGUGUCCGUAGCCACUUUAGUCUCAUUUAGCCACUUGCUAGCAACCACCAUUUUAAAGACAGUUUUUACUUUACAAUUCACAAGUGGGGUAUUUACUAAGGUAUUUUAUGUCGUACAACAAAAUGUGAACAUCUCCUUGUGUUUACCACAGACCUUAUUCAGGGGGGUCAUCACUAUGUUCCCUGGGUCCUUUUUUUUUAGAAAAAAGGGUCCUAUGUUCCCCAUUUUUCCCAAUAAGGGUCCUAUGUUCCCUGUUUUUCCCAAAAAGGGUCCUAUGUCCCCAGUUUUUCCCAAAAAGGGUCCUAUGUUCCCUGUUUUUCCCAAAAAGGGUCCUAUGUUCCCUGUUUUUCCCAAAAAGGGUCCUAUGUUCCCAAUUUUUCCCAAAAAGGGUCCUAUGUCCCCCGUUUUUCCCAAAAAGGGUCCUAUGUUCCCCAUUUUUCCCAAAAAGGGUCCUAUGUUCCCCGUUUUUCCCAAAAAGGGUCCUAUGUUUCCCGUUUUUCCCAAAAAGGGUCCUAUGUUCCCAAUUUUUCCCAAAAAUGGUCCUAUGUCCCCCGUUUUUCCCAAAAAGGGUCCUAUGUUCCCUGUUUUUCCCAAAAAGGGUCAUAUGUUCCCUGUUGUUCCCAAAAAGGGUCCUAUGUUCCCCGGUAUGUAUUGCUACAGGGGAACAUAGGACCCUUUUUGGGAAAAACAGGGAACAUAGGACCCUUUUCCAGAAAAAGGGUCCUAUGUUCCCCACAAGCAGCCCAAAACUUAAAUUUGCACAGCAGCUACUUUCUGGUUACUUUGCAGUUCAUUUUUUGGCUUUGUAAAUAGGGUUAGGGUUAGGCCUAUUUGCCAUGGAAUUUGGCAGUAAUGGUGGAAAAAGUAACAGACUGGGGAACAUAGGACCCUUGUUGGGAAAAGCGGGGAAAAAGGGUCCUAUGUUCCCCAGUCUCAUACAAAGAGGGGAACAUAGGACCCGGGGAACAUAGACACGCUCUCUUUUCGGGCAUCUAACCAACAACCCAUUCAAAAUCCUCAUGGAGUUUGAGAGGAGAGACCCCAGUGUGCUAACAUGCUAAGUGACUUCCUGGUUUAAGAUCUCCUUCCUGUGGCGUCCUCUACACUGUAUUUCCUAAAUACAGUACUUUGCAGGUGAAGAUGCUUCCAGUUAAUUACUGUAAAUUAACUUACAGUUUUGAAAACAAAUAUCCUUUCAUACAGUAAAUACAUAACUCAGAGUCAAAAAAUAGUCAUUAGGUCGUUAUUAUUGGAAUGGAUUUUGCUUCUGAGCACACAUUAUUUUGAGGCCAAUCCCUCUGGAAACAGGUUUGUUUUUGCAGUUUGGGAGCUGGUCGGGCUGUUUGUUUAUUAGCUUCAGUAAAGGAUGGAUCUCCCAGCAGCACCUUUUGCUCAGCAGGAACGCCUACGGUGGUAAUACGGUCACAGGCUCCCAUCACAUUUCCCAAAAUGAGUUUAGACGUGUGCAGAAGCACAACACGUGAGAGGAUUCUUUCCCCGAGUGUGGAAUCACUUUAUACUGUCAUUCUCCGCUCCGCAUAGAUUUCCAACAUGCUCGUCAGAGUAGUAACGUAUUGCAGGUGUGUGCAGUUUUGCAGUGCUGUGAGGUGAAGUCAGCAGCUGAAUAAUUACACUAAUAAAUAGGCUAGUUUAGCUGGCCUGUUUCCAGACAGCAGGCCCGUCAGUGUUUCAUUACUGAGGGAGAAUUUUCCAACAAGAUGCGCUGAAACAAAACAUAUAAAAAACACAAGCUGGGGAAUCUUUCGCCCCGGGUGGAAACUGUAAUUUAAGGGAAGCCUUAAUUGAGCCUCAUUACCAGAACCAGCAGGUGGGCUUGCAUAAUACCAGUGGGGAAACACUAUUGGGUACAUCUGUGUGUGUCUUGGUUUACUUAGGAAAACUGUUGGAUGUUGAUAUUUCUUUUUAUAUGUUAAUUAUGCAUUUUUAUAAUGCUUUGUGUGUCAAAUAGGGUGCGUUAUUUGGUUUGUCAAGAACUUUAAAAUGGCAAACAUGAUUAAAUCAAUAAAUGAUUAUAAAAUCAGA